AUGGCUUCGUUGUGUGGCAGGUGCACAAUAACAGCAUUACGUCGCACUUUAAUUUUCAUCUCCAACUCUAACACUGGCACCUUCUCCCGCACCUCUCUCCGACACACCUUUUCCUCACCACUCUUCCUCACUCCUACCCCACCCUUUUCCCUUUCAAACUCCCACGCCGUUCAUCGCCAUUUCUGUUCCACCAAAAGCCCUAUCGACACCAAGCUCAACUUCUCCCUCCCCGACUCGGACUCUGAAUCCGACGACCAAACCGGCAACACCCACAAAGAGGCAGACAAAACCAAUAGGGUGCUCCCACCCCCUUACGACCCCUUCAGCAAGAAGCCCGCAAUAGAAGACCCCAAGGACCCAAAGGACUUGCAACAGAUUUUCCACAAGAUGAGGAGCGGCGAUGGGCUGUUCAACCAUGCAGUGAAAAUGUUCGACGCAUUGUCCAAAGAGGGUCUGACCCAUGAGGCGCUGGAGCUCUUCGGGCAGAUCAAGGACAAGGGUCAAAUGCCCGACGUGGUAGCCCACACCGCCAUCCUCGAGGCCUACGCCAACGCGGCACAGCCAAAAGAGGCUCUCAAGGUUUACUUGCGCAUGCUCGCUUCUGGGGUGUCACCCAACGCAUACACCUAUGCUGUUCUCAUUACGGGUCUUGCUGCUGAUGCCAAGUUCAUGAAGGACGCGAAGAAAUACCUUUUGGAAAUGAUGGAUAAGGGGAUGAAACCCAAUGCAAAAACUUACACUUAUGUGUUUGAGGGGCUGGUGAAGGAGGAGAGGCUCGAUGAAGCUGCAAGCUUGGUGGGACAAAUGAAGGCUAGGGGAUUUGUUCCUGAGGAGAAGGCUGUUAGGGAGGUUCUAAGCAACAAAAGAGGCCCUGUUUUUAGAAAUGUCAUAAAUGUUCUCUUUGACAAGUAG